GUCCAGAGAAGGGCCGUUGUGUGGCGUCAGAAUAUUUCACCGAGCCAGAGAUCGAGAUCACGACAGAGAACACGGCCAACAUACUCAAAAUGGUCCGAACCGCCACUCCCUUCCCGAUGGUCUCCCUGCUCUUCGUCUUCACCGCCUUCGUCAUCAGCAACAUCGGACACAUCCGGCCCCAGCGCACCAUCCUCGCCUUCGUGUCGGGGAUCUUCUUCAUCCUGUCAGAUUCAUCUCCCAGUGCAUCGGUUUGUUUUCUGGGUUCGAAACCGUGUGAGUGUGGAUCUGAAACCUGGAGCAUGAACGAUGGAAGAAAACUCUCGGAGACAUUUUCAACGAGUGAAUCUUUAUCUUGAAACCUCCACUGCUGUUCCACGCUGCUGCUCCAGGGGGGAGUUUACAAAACCCACUUCUCAGAGAUUGUGUUUUUGCCCCCGGAGGCAGGAACCGGUUGUUUGCUCUCUGCUCAAACACCAAUAACACGUCGUUUACCGGUGACCCCUUUACCCAUAAUUCAUCGGGACAACAGAAACAAGCAAUAAGACUGAGGAUGAGUCCAGUGACGGAGUUAAACCUGUCGGCUUUAAUCAGAUGUUGAAAAUCAUCCGAGCAGAAGAAGAAGAAGUGAGCUUGUUAAAAGCUGACGUUCUUCAAGGUUAAUGAUAAGACGGCCGCUCGGAGGAUGAAACCUUUUCUCCUCCCAGCUGACGGCUCGUCAGGCUUCGCCUUGUUCUCGCCUGUGACUGAACAUCGAACGGGAUUUAUUCCAAAUAAUUGCUCUCCGCCGCAGGAAGCUGCAGGAAGCUCGAUGUUCUGCUGCAGGAUUAAAGAGUUUCAACCAAAUCUUUGACCAAAAACCUCUGGAAAUCCAAAUCCUCACGAUGACGCUGCAGGAAAUCGACACAAACCUUCAGAGCAAAGUCAGAUUGUGUCGCAGCGUCGCAGCGUCGCAGCGUCGCAGCCUCAGGUGGAAAGUUAAGAAAAUGUUUGACCGCACUUCUGUAGUUUAUUCAAAAGAGGAGAGGUCGCUGCAUUUAGCUGCAUGAUAUCGUUUAGAACAUUCCUCUUAAAACAGCCUCGGAUUUUAAAUUGGACAGAAGCAGCAUUAAUUAAAACGUCCACAUAAUUAAGACCGUCCUCAGUCGUGGCGUUUCUGUCUGGUUACCUCCAGCGCUCAGCUGAUGAAGUGGCUGCUGGGAGUUUUUUUUGGGGGGGGCUUUGUUCAGGAUGACAUCACCCUCCUGGUUUUCUUUCUUUAGCUCACAGAUGCUAGCUUAGCAUGGUGGACUGCUGACUGGACAGUCGUGACAAACAUGAUGUCAGAGAAAUGUCCCAGAGCCAAAGACACACAUGCACGCACACACACACAACUACA